AGCAUUUGAUAUUUUAAUUUUUUCAUAACUUAACGAUAAUGUUUAAUUGGUUAUGGGCAAGUAUUCAAAUUUCAAAGCCACCAUGUAAAGAAAAAUCUAAAAAUUGAAUUCAAUUCAAAAACGACGUUUAUGAUCCGUCGUUACAAGGAGAAAUGUGUAGUAAUUCUUCAAAUUUCCAUGAACAAUCCUAUGUGGACAACGACCGACCCACUGUUUCAAGCUCUAUUAAUGUUGUUCAUCCAUUUCAUCCUGUACUAGCUAACAACACAAGCUUCAUAUCUGAGCCUAUGAGUUACUGCGCGAACAGAAAGUGUCCGAACUGGAAGUGUCUUGACGAUUCGGCAAUAAUACAUGGAACGUGUUGCGGAUGUCCCAACAUUUUUGGAGAUGAUGUACCUGUGCUCUGUUCAAAGGAUUUAAAAUGCCCACGUUUAAUGAAGGACCUGUGCACCGAUUUCAAUUAUAUGAUUUUAUGUUGUUGUUCCACUAAUAAUAAUUAUUAUAAUAUCUACAGCAGUAGCUAAUUUAUGUUUUGUUCCGUCAAAUCGAAUUGUGUACCAAAAUGUAAUGAAUUCACUGACAUUAAUAAUAAAUUAUAAAAAUAUCGUCAAA